UGUGCGACAGGCCGCAGCGCGAGCGGGGCCUCACACAAGUGGAGAAAACGGUGUGACACGAGAUAACGGGUGGGCAGAGACACGGGACCACGGGACGACUGCGUACCGGUUCCCAAAGUGAAGGCCGAACAGAACCGGGACAGACUGGCGGCUUGAAACGGCGCGGAAGAUCCAAAACCAGCCGCCGUGCAUGUGGAGAGAGCGGCUCGGCAGCUAACGAGCAAAGGAGCUAGCCACCGUUAGCCGAGCUGGGCUAGCGGGCUAGCCAGCUUUUGUAAUCCGCCGGCCAGACACAUACUCGUCCACCGCGAACCGGGCCGAAAUCGGAUUUCAAGUCGGGGCUGCACAACAGCUGAAAAGACAAAGAAGGCACCAGCGGUGGCAGGAGGCUGGUUCUGGGGGCGAGGCCAAAGGACCAGACUCAAUGAGUUUCCAGCGACAUGUCCGAGAAGUCAGGGCAGAGCACCAAGGCAAAGGAUGGCAAAACAAAGUAUGCAACCCUUAGCCUCUUCAAUACCUACAAGGGUAAAUCUCUGGAAACCCAGAAAACUGCAGUGGCUGCUAGACAUGGGCUCCAAAGUUUGGGCAAAGUUGCUGCUAGCCGGCGCAUGCCCCCUCCGGCCAACCUGCCCAGCCUGAAGGCAGAGAACAAGGGAAACGACCCCAACGUCAACAUCGUCCCCAAAGACGGCAGCGGCUGGGCAUCUCGACCUGAGGGAGGGGAGGAGAGGCAACAGGAGACGCCCCCACCUCAGAUCAAACCAGCAGUGCUCCAGCCUCCAGAGCCUCCUAUUGGGGGCAGCCGAUCCUGGGCCAAUAGCAAACCACCACAGCUUGACGGAGCUCCACGUGUGAGCAGCCAUUUUCACCAGGAGUUCCCCAGCUUACAGGCGGCUGGUGAGGCUGAGAAAGGGGACGGUCAAGAGGAGGAGCCUUAUGGACCAGGCCCCAGCCUCAGACCUCAAAAUGUUGGCAGUUGGCGUGAGGGUGGAGGCAGGAAUUUGAACACUGCGCCCAGCCCCCCUGAGAUGGAGAACAGGGCUCCAGAGGAGGGUAGUCCAGCCCUUGGGACCUCUACGCCACCAGGGGAAGCUGAUGAGCCUGUGCGAAACGUCACCACGGAGGUUCUAAGGGAGAAGCGGGACAGCAGGGAGAGGUUGCCCCCCACUGCUCCCCCUCCUCAGCCUAAACUCAAUGGGGGGCAGCAGCCUCCUGCUGGGGUGCCAACUCACUUUGACCCUGCUUUCAGGAGCAUGAUGCCACCCUACAUGUUUCACGCCUAUCCUCAAAUGACUUUUGCCCCGGGUCAAGGAAACUUCCGCUACCCUGUACCACAAGAUGGAGCAAAGAUGGUCAGGUGUCCUCGCUCAGUACGACCCCAGCAGGCUCCCCCUCAGUCCUGGCUCCAGGACCCAGACAGACCCUCGAUCAUCAGCGCAACAGAACUUAAAGAGCUGGACAACUUGGACACUGAUGCUGAUGAGGGCUGGGCAGGAGCUCAGAUGGAGGUGGAUUACAGUGAGAAACUAAACUUCAGUGAUGAUGAAGAAAACCAAGCUGCUAAAGACAAAAGAGAAAACUGGGAGUGGAUGGGUAAAGUGGAGCGUAUGAGAUCUCGACCACCAGAUGGCCAGGAGGGCUGGAAGGAGGGUGCUGAGGACCGCGGAGGCAGUAAAACCUCAUGGGCUGAUGCUGAUCCAAGAGCGCCAUCACCUGGCAGUAUGGGGCAGUACAAUAAGGCAGCUGCUCCACAGGACUACCAGGGUGGCAGUCGUUCUGUCGCUGGCGGAGCUCCACGUGGGGCCAAACCACAGGCUGUAGCCGCCCCUGGUCCAGACGAGGACCCUGAAGCCUGGAGACAGAAGCGAAAGAAGGCUCCCGAAGUCUCUGAAGCCGUAGAGCGAGCGAGGCGGCGGAGAGAAGAAGAGGAAAGGCGGAUGGAAGAACAGCGGCUCGCUGCAUGUGCUGAAAAACUAAAACGUCUCAAUGAAAAGCACCGGCAAGCAGCCGAGGGCAAACCUGCCCUGCCUCAGACCACCAACGAUGAAGCAGAAGCUGCCCAAGAGGAAGAGUCCUUAUCAGUUCCUCCUCCUGUAUCCAGUCCUGUACCUUCGAUCCCAGUUUCACAAUCACAGGCCCCAAUCAUACAAGCUCCUCUACCUGAGAGGGUGGAUCUAGAAAGGGAGAGGAUGGAACGAGAGAGUGUAGAACCAAGCAUCGAGGAGGUGGAGGAGGAGGAGGAAGAGGUUCACUUGCCUCUGCAGCCCAGCCCUCCCGUCCAGAGACCAGUGGCCGUAGCUCCAGAGCCUCAGAGCGAGGGAGAGAGCCCCUUGGUUGAGGUGGGCCCCCUGAUGGAGGAGAACCAGGCAGACAGGACAACAGUGCCUAUCCGAGACUAUUUCAACAUGGAGGACAACAGAGUGGAUGAGCCCCACCUGUCUCUGCCUCACAUGGACACCCCGAGUGGUGAGGAGGUCCCUGUUGUACCACCACAGCUGGAAGGAGAAGCAGCAGCUGCUAUGCGUCCCGCUCUCACCUCAGGCUAUUCCAAACAAUUUCAAAAAUCUUUGCCACCUCGUUUCCUCAGACAGCAGGAGCAGAUGAAGCAGCAACAAUGGCAACAGCAGCAACAUCAGAGUGGAGGGUCUGUGUCCCCAUCAGGUGGUGGCGGCGUGCCAGCUCCCCAACAACAACAACAACAACAACAACAACAGCAGCAGCAGCAGCAGCACCGCUCCAUGUAUCAACCCAUGGGCCCCCACCACCAGCACCUGGCCUCCAUGGGGUUUGACCCCCGCUGGCUCAUGAUGCAGUCCUACAUGGACCCCCGCAUGAUGUCAGGACGUCCUCCCAUGGACAUGCCAACUAACAUUCACCCUGGGAGGAUGCCUCCUAAGCAGAUUGUGCGCAGAGAGCCUGGUGACAACUCCAGCUCUAGCUCCGACUCCUUUGACCAUUUAACACGACCGAUUCGUGACCAUGGCCUGCCGUCAGACUCACGGAUGGUAUGGGGAUCAGACCCUUACCCACAGUCGGAGCCGUUACCGUCUGUAACUCCUCCAAAAGGACGGGAUGAUAGCAAGGAGCCAAGGAUGGACUCUGGUUUGGAUCUGGAUAGGGGUCUCCCAGCUAUGUAUCCCCAGGAGCACAGUGCAUUGGACUCUCAUAAAAGUAACUUCUUCCAGGACCCUACAGAGUCUCUUUCAGCAUUUACCCAGGGUCCAGAGGAUGUAUCAGGGCCUUUAGACAGGGUCCCGGUAGGCUCAGCCUUUGAUCCCGAGGAGCCAGGCCUUCCCAGUGGAGAAGAGGUAGAAGCUCUUGGUCAAGCUAUGCUCCAGAGGAGUGUGUCUCAGGGCUCGAGUCACUCCCUCAAGCUGGAUGAGCCCAGGUUUGAUGGGCUGUCCCUGGGAACAAAAUCACUUGAGCUACAGGAUGCAGGAGAACGGGCUGAUGAUAAGCCCCAGAAUGAACUCUACCCCCAAUCUGCGGUGACUAGCAACAGGACUACACCUCCUGCUGAUGGAUUACACAAACAAGAGAAGCUGCCUCUGCCAGCCCCUAGCAAGCAGAAAGCUGAGCUGCGCUGGGGUGGAAGAUCAGGAGCCGGGCGCAGAGAAGGACCAGGGGGAGAGAGGCCUGUCCGCAGGUCUGGGCCAAUCAAGAAGCCUGUCCUAAGGGACAUGAAAGAAGAGAGAGAGCAAAGAGAAGAGAGAGAAAAGCGUCACGAAAGAGGGGACAGAGGAGACCGGUCCAAAAAGGAUCAGUCGUCCAAAGCUCCUUCUGCAGCUGCUGCUGUGUCUGAGGGCUCCAGACCUCAGGGCGAGGGGAAGAGAGAAGCUGCUGAGGCUGAUGAAACACCGACGGGACAUCCCAGAGUCAGAGACUCCCAGCCUUCAUCUGGGCCUCCCACCUCCUCUUCUCAAGAGGAGAAAGCAGACAAACUGCCGAGCAAUGACAAACAUCCAGAACCCAAACUUCCCUCCAGGAAAGAGUCCAAUCUUCCUCCACGUGCCUACCGACGAGAGGACAGGGAGAGGGAGAGGGACAGAGACAGGGACAGGGACAGGGAACGAGAGAGAGAGAGGGAGAAGGAAAUGGACAAGGACCGAGAGUGGCCUGUUGACUCAAAUUUCAAAGGACGUGGCAGAGGGGAGUAUUACUCAAGAGGACGGAGCUACCGAGGGACUUACAGUGGCAGAAGCAGGGGGAGUCGUGGUCGGAGCCGGGCAGAGUUCAACUACAGAGAGCCUCGAUCACGCUCCGACUUACCUUCUGCUGGAGGCGCUGCUGCCUUUCGCAACAGGGAAGAGAGCGAAACGCGCAGCGAGAGCUCAGACUUUGAGGUUAUACCAAAACGUAGACGGCGACGUGGUUCAGACACAGAUUCUGAAAGUGAAGGCGGGAGAGAGUCUGCCAGUGAUACUGGGCCUUCUGACCGCGAACCUAGCACCAAACCUAGCCGUCCAUUGAGACGAGAGCUCCCGGGGGAGGCCCGGUCUGGGCCUCACAAGCCAGGUUUUGGGCCUCCUCACAUGGGUGAUAGGGUCGGACCCAGAGGGGAUGAUGAAGGCAGACCCAAGCCAGGAUUCCUUCCUAAAGGAGAGCCUUCUCGGCGAGGAAGAGGAGGGUUAUACAGUAGACGAGGUGGUGCAAGGGAACGUGGCGGCCCUCGCGCAGGCCCUCUUCGGCGGCCAGGAGUUAGAGAGUCCUCUUCACAGUGGCCCUCUAAACCCAUGGAGACAUUCAGGCCUGAAGACACUGAGUCCGGACCAAGAUAUGACAAUCCUGACAGACGACCCCUUAAGUCUGAUGGCAAAAGAUUUGGGGACGGGGCUCCUCAGAGCAGUAGAGAGAGGCCUCGUCGGUCCAGGCCGGCACGGCCUCCGAGGCAAGAUAAACCUCCACGCUUUAGGCGAUUGAAGGAGCGGGAGGCUGCAGUGUUAGCUAGUGGAGAAACGGCCCCAAGUCCACCUGUCCCUCUACUCCCAGUGCCUGCUGCUGCUGUCCCUAGCUCUGCCCCUGCCCCAAUCUCCCUCUCCCCAACCCUGUCUAGAGCUCCAGGAACCCCUGUAACUGUGCCUGCAGAAGUGGCAGCCACUAUGCCCGCACCUGACCUGUCCUCUUCUCUAGAAACACCUCUGCCUGAGACCAGCAGCCCCACCAUCACUGCAGUCGGUACCAAGUCGCCUGAUUUGUCCAACCAGAACUCUUCAGAUCAAGCCAAUGAGGAGUGGGAAACCGCCUCGGAGAGCAGCGACUUCAACGAAAGGAGAGAGCGGGAAGAAAGGAAAGGAGCCCUGGAGGCUGCUAAUGAAGCAGCCACUGCCUCUGCCCCAGCACCGGCACCCCCACAGGGCACUCUGACCCCCAAUAAAAGCCCUCCUGACGGAGGGGUGACUCCUAAGCGUGAAGCGGCUCCUGCAGCCAAGAGGAGUUUCUCAAGUCAGAGGCCUACAGAGAGACAGAACCGUAGAGGCAACAGUGGAGCCAAACCAGGCCGGAGCUACACUGGGGGCAAGGGGGAGAGGAGGGGAGGGGCCAAAGCCGGCCGCAAAGGCCCUGCAGCCCAGCAGAACUCAGAGGGGGCAGCACAAACCGCUGGAGGAGCAUCCCAGAGGCCAACAAAAGACCAGUCUGGCCGUCGCAAAGAUGAGUCCAAACAGGCCGCCAAGAAACCCAAAGAGAAUGCUCUUUCUCAGUUUGAUCUUAACAAUUAUGCCAGUGUUGUGAUCAUUGAUGACCACCCAGAGGUCACCACCACAGAGGACCCGCAGUCAAGCACCAAUGAUGAUGGCUUCACAGAGGUGGUUUCGCGUAAGCAGCAAAAACGCCUGCAGGACGAAGAGAAACGGAAAAAGGAAGAGCAGACUACUCAGAAUUGGAAUAAAAAAGGCUCUGGUGAGAAGAGAGGUGCUGGAGGAAAGCUGCCACCAAGAUUUGCUAAAAAGCAGUCAUCACAACAACAACAACAACAGCAACAACAGCAGCAACAACAACAACAGCAGCAGCAACAACCGGCUUCACAGCCUCAGCCUCCUGUAGCCCCCACACCUCAGGCCCAACAGCAGCCCCCCAUUUCUGCUCCUCAGCAUCCUCACCUCGCCCCCUCACAGCCUGCUGCACCCCCGCAGACUCUGGAGGGAGCAGUGGCUCCACUGGCCUCCAUCCCGCCCGCCACUGUGGACUUUACCUCAAAGAGCCUCCCCCCUGCAGCUCCACAGACACACAGCACGCUGGGUACAGAACUGUGGGAGAACAAGGUAGCAGGCUCUACUGUCCUUCCUGAUGUCAAGAAACUUGGUCCAAUCAGCCCUCCCCAGCCACCUUCUGUGAGUGCCUGGAACAAACCUCUUACCUCCUUUACUGGCACUGUCUCCUCUGAGGGCGUGAAGCCUGGAUCAGAGGGCAGUGUGGAAUUGGCGAGAGACACUAUUCAGUUUGGAGCACCGUCAUCUGCAGGCAGCACUGACAGUGAUGGAAUUCCAGCUUUGCUAGAAACUGUGUCUGAAAACAAACUGCCUGCCCCCAAAGAACAGAGACAAAAACAACCUCGAGCUGGCCCAAUCAAAACACCGAAGCUUCCUGACUUGGAACCAGUGGAAACCAAGGAGUACAAGCCAGGUCCCAUCGGUAAAGAGCGUUCUUUAAAGAACCGCAAGGCCAAAGACAUACGUGGAGGAGAAGGCGAGGGGAUGGAGGGAGUCGUGCCUGGAGGAGGCGUCAGUAGAGCCACAGACUCAAGUCCUCCCACCAGUGAUACCACAGUACCAGAGCUGGGCGGAGACAUUGAGGGCAUGAUCACAGUCCCCUCAGCAGAGUACAACAGUAACUCUAAGGAGUCUGUCACUGACUACACCACCCCCUCCUCCUCAAUGGCUGACAGCGUUCCUACAGUGGUGAACAAAAUUGAAGAGAGUUUGGUGGCAAAUGUGGCGCUACCCCACUCAUUGCCCCUCCCUCGACGAGAGACCCUGCAGCAGACCUCCAGCCUCAGCACUGUGUCUCCUGCUACUGUUGACCUGACACUAAAGAUGGAAUCGGCUCGUAAGGCUUGGGAAAACUCCCCGAGUCUGGAGAAGAAUUCUCCAGUCACUUCCUCUUCUUCCCCCAUCACCUCCUGUGCAUCCUCAUACUCCACCUUCUCUUCAGCCUCGAUGCCACAGAUCCCUGUGGCCUCUGUUACCCCCAGCACCUCACUGUCAGGUUCUGCCACCUAUACAACGUCAUCCCUCAGCACAAAGACCACCACAGCCUCUGACCCCCCUAACAUCUGUAAGGUGAAGCCCCAGCAGCUGCAGGGUGGAAGUCUGUCCUCCUCCAGCAGUAGCAGCAGUAGCAGCAGCUUCUCUCAGUUGGGCUGUGUGCCGACCCUCCUGCCCCAGCAACAGCAGACGCCACAGGUGUACGUCUCUCAGUCUGCAGCAGGUUCUGCAGCUCAGAUUCCAGCCUUCUACAUGGACACUAGCCACCUUUUCAGUACCCCCCACCCUCGCUUGGCACCACCCUCGCUGGCUCAGCAGCAAGGCUUCCAACCCGGCCUCUCACAGCCGACAGCAGUGCAGCAGAUUCCCAUCCCUAUCUAUGCUCCACUGCAAGGCCAGCCGCAACACCAACAUCAACACCAACACCAACAUCAGCAUCAGCACCAACACCAACAUCAACACACACACCAGGCUCAGCUAGGACUCAGCACUGGACCUCCAGUCUCGCAGCCACAAGACCUGUUCAGCUCCUCCCUGCAGCCUUACAGGUACACACAGCAUCACAGGUCUCAGCAGGCGUUCAUGCAGAGCAGCCUGUCGCAGCCCUCCAUGAUGCUGUCAGGACCUUCUCUGCACAGCUAUCCCGGCGUGCAGGCGCCUGAGCUGGGCAAGCCUCAGUCUAAUCUGGCCUAUCAGCAGGCCUCCUCCACCCAGCACAUCCCCAUUCUGUUUGAGCCGCAGCUCAACCAGCCCUCUGGUAUGGGAGGCUCCCAGCUCAUUGAUACACACCUGCUGCAGGCUCGCCAGGGGAUGAGUCAGCAUUCAAACAUGUACUCGGGGCAGGUGCAACAACAUGGCCAGAGUAGCUACUACAGCAACACUCAGUCGCCCAGUUCUGCAAUGCAACAGGUGACCGUCCCUUUGCCCAGUUCUCAGUUGUCCCUGCCAAACUUCGGCUCGGGUGGAGGGCAGCCUCUCCUGGCGCUGCCUCCCACUCCUCCACAGGCGCAGCCCCCAAACAUCAACAGACAGCCCCCGGUGUCCCAGCCGUACCGAGGCAUCAUGGGCCCCAACCACAGCAUGAUGCAGCCUCCGACCAGCAAGUUUUUUUGUGUUGACACUUUGCAGAUGGACAUGGAUCUGAAACUCUUCGGCAGUGGGAUGGAUGUGAAGCCUGGAACCCCUCCUAUAGGCGCCAGGAGCACCACACCCACCUCCAGCCAUUACAGAGCCAGCUCCACGUCUCCGAGCAGCCAGUCCAGUAAGAUCAACAGCAUGCUGUACCAGAAGCAGUUCCAGGCGAGCUCUGCCGGCAUGAGAAUGACGCAGCAUUUCCCCGGCCAGUUCAACCCACAGAUUCUGUCUCAGCCCAACAUCGUCUCUCCUCUGGUUCGACCUCCUCACGUUAACUCGUUUGCUGGAGGUGUCCAGCGCUCUCCCAUGGGCCCUCCGAUGUCCCCCAACGUGGGCGGUGGUCUUAUGCCCCAUCCCCGACCUCAGCACCCACAGCACAGCCAGCACCCUCCCCGGGGACCUCCUGUUCCCUCGCUCGCCCCCAGAGGCACACAGGCGGCUCUGAAGGCUGAACAGGACCUAAAGGCAAAGCAGCGGGCUGAAGUGCUCCAGUCCACCCAUAAGUUCUUCUCCGAGCAGCAACAGCAGCAACUCAAGGCCCCGCAAGUCAACAAAGUGUCUCGGCUCGACCAGGGGGGGAAACCGCCACUCGACACCUCUGCCCCGAACCACCAGGCAGUCGGCGACCGCCCAGAUUCUGACAAACCUCCAAUCUCCACGGCCAAGCCCAUACGGACUGGCCCCAUAAAACCGCAGGCCAUCAAACCAGAAGAGGGCAAGUAAAGCACUAUCGAUCCUCUUCGGAUGAUGAAAUGAACGGAUGGAAGAGAGGAGGAGAGAGAGAGAAUCUGGCCCCAUUCACUCAGUCACCACCUCAUAUCAGCGCUGGGGGGGACGGUGUGGGGGAGGAGGAUGAGUCGACGGUAGUGGUUAAUGCGUAUACAUAAUCCUCUUCCUCUUCUUUCUUCCCCUAUCUUGUCCCACUGUAGGUGACGGCGUUUGAGUUGGAUUCUUCCAUCACAUUUAGAUGCCGAUAAAAUGGCUGCACAAGUUGUUUCAUAAAAAAUCUACUGAGACGGUAGAUAAGAGGAGAGCGAAGAAUUGAAAUGAGAUUUGCUGCUGAGUUUGCCAUUUUUUUUUUAUAGCUCUUGAUUUAUGUUCCUUUUUAAUUUUAUCCCCAACCCCCACCCCCCGACCCCGAAUAGGAUCACGCAUAUUAUAGGAGAAAUCUGUUUUGUUAACGAAAGAAUGAAUCAGUUUUGUUUUUGUAGUCAAAACAAUCUUGUUAAGGAGAUGUCAUUUAGUGAAGCACACUUUUUGUUGCCCUAUCUCCCAUCAACUAAUCCAGAGAUUUGUGCACGACGUGGAAAUGCACCUCAUCACCACACGCUCACUCGAACGGUUACCGCACAGAGACAUGAAAUCAGAAAAUUCUUGUCAUUUUUGUUUUUCUUUUACCAGAAUGGAAAUGUGAAAAAUUACAGCAGUUGAUUGAUUUAUUGAUUAGUCUGCCUGUGAGCCUUUGCUCCUGCCUUCUGCUCUCAUCUCCUUGCCUGAGAAUUACUGAUGUGUUGGGACGUGUGUGUGUGUGUGUGUGUGUGUGUGUCGGGUGUGUGUUUGUGGUAUAAACCGGGGUGGGGUGGGAGCUUGAAGCUGGACUCUCCUGUAUAUUUAGCCAAAGGUUAAAGCAGUGCAGAGAUGAUGUCACAGCCUUUUAAGGUUGCUGCAGUUAUGGCAGCAGAGCUUUUGAUUACAGGAUCACACGGAUGAUGUAUGAUCGCUACAUGCAGCCGUUUCAGUUUCGGAGCUACCGUCACAAAAAACCUUUCACUGCUUUCUCAGCCAUCCUUGCUGUCACACAAACACACACCGAUACACACGUCACUGUAAAGCACCCAGGCCUGCUGCUAUUGACUGAUUUCAGUGCCCUUAGCUAGAGUAAAAGCAGGACAGGGCAACUUAGAGGAAUAGGAACGGUGAGGAGUUGAAACAGUAGAAAACUUUUGAGCGUGUGCAUGUCACAUUCUCACCAAGAGGGCAAACAAGAACAGGACAAGGAGGAAAAAAUGAUGAAAUGAGAAGCCUCAAGUUCAGAAGCGUUUGGGCAGAAAGACACUUAUUGUUUUGUUGUGUUUUUUCUGAUGAGAGCAAAUCAGUGCUGUUUUCUGUCUCUGCCUCACCUCUUGCUGGCUGUCCCACCCACAAUGCUUUCAUCUCGGGGUUGUGGGCCAAGGGUCCUUCAGAAAUGUACAGUAGUAUGCACCCUGAGGUGGGGAGGGUCUCCUCCUCACCUCUACUCUAGCAGGGGGAAGAGUCCUUGCUUUGGAGGAUGGAUGAGGGAGGGAGGGUAAUGAUUUUUUUUUCUUUUGUUUUUUUUUGUUGAACUUGUACAGGGGUUUGAUCGCUGUAUUAAAAUAUGUACGGUCUUAUUUACAUUCUCUUGGUUUGGUUACAGAAACUAAUAAAAUAAUAUACUGUU